UUACUUAUCUUUCUUUGGUUAGUUUAGUUUUUAUCUUUGUGGUUCUUUCAAAUAUGCAGCGAAAACCCAUACAUGAGGGGAGCCCAGCGGCCUUUACCCAGUUUGAGAAGCUCAACAAUGAAGAAGGUGCCCAUAGUUACGAAGAAGGUUCUUCUUCUGCUAGCGAGAUAGAAACUAACGAGGAGGAGGAGCGGCCGGCUCCAAAGACGCCGGUGACACCCGAAAUUCGCGGAGCAAGUCCCCGAACACCCAGAACGGAUGAGCCUCUUCAGCGUAACAGGCGUGGGAGCAGACCGAAUGCAGAAGCAUCGAUUAAUGAGGAGAAACAAACAUCAAAGGCAUGGCUAGGCGUUGUUUUCGCUUUAGUCAUAAUUAUUUCGGUUUACGUUAAGAGUGAUAAGGUUUCGCGUAAAACUUGCGCUUUUGAAGGACUUCGUGGCAAGCUACCUUCUCAGCCGGAUAAAGUGUGGAGGGCCUUGCAAAAAGGUAUCGAAGGAAUCGUGAACAAGGAAGUUAACCGUCCCAGUGUCUUUUUAUUUUUGCACGAGGACCAGCGGCAGCAUAAGCUAAUCCGCGACAUUGCCACCGAAGCAUCCAGCUGUUUUGGUGGCCCCAGUCAACUGAUUCAAAUGAGCAAGGAAGAUUUUGGUGUGCAAAAUGGAGACUACGGAUUAGCCAUAGAACGCUUUAAGGCUAAGGUCAAAAAAGGAAGCAAAGUAUUCCUUAUCGUCAAUCUAAAUGAACUUCCCCCCAGUGGAGCUCGAGCAUUGCACACGAUCUGCGAUGUCUACUCGCCACUUGUGGAGGAUGCAGUCAUAUUUCUUACAUUGCGCGCGGCCCAGACUAGCAGUGCUAAAAACUCCGUGACGCUGGCAAUGGACACUUUGUACGAAUUGUGGGAAAAGGACUUACGGGACAACGAGUUGGAUCCUCUUCUAGCUCGCGUGACUGAUCAAGUUUUGCAUUUAAAUUAAGUAACGCAAUUUUAAAGUUUUAUAUUUUAUAAAAUCGAAUAAAAUCAUAGCUUCAAGCUAAUAAAA